AUGUUGUCAAAACGCGAUGCGUUGAUAAGCGCUCUUGUUUUGACGCUCUAUUAUGUGGGCGUGUCUGGCGCCGAUGAUCGACGUGCAUUUGUGACACUGGGCGUGAAAGAGACCAGGCAGGGCAGCGCCACAAGAUCGGCACAACGAUUUGGUGGCAUGGCCAUCGAUGGCAUUGGAUACCACUACACGCUGCGCUAUCAGCCGGGCAGUCGGCCGCAAAGCUUUGCACAACAACAGGAACAGGAGAUGACCAUGGCGCCGCCGAUGCCGCCAGCAAUGACAGAGAUGCCGGUAGUGCCGACUGAGCCCGCUCCCGAGGGACCCGAUGAGCCCGAGCCAACGAUACCAAUGCGUCCGACUUCGAUGGAACCCCCACCAGAACCACCUGUAACACCACCCACCCCCACACCCAACAGCACGGAUAUGAUGCCUAGCCCCAUGCCAACGCGAAGACCUUCGAUGAGACCUUCGACGAGACCUUCUGUGCCGCCCACUCCCUCCAGCACGCGCACAUCCAUUAUGCAGCCGCAGAGCUUUUCCAGCAAAUUGGCAAACAAGCUGAAGCAGUUUAUCUAUGGUUCUCCGAUCAAGGCGAAUCUUAUACUGAAACAAUCCGGCGCACCCAAGCCCAAGGGCAAGGGUUUCCUUAGUCUCUUCGAGGUGAUCAAGUUUCCCAACACCAAGUGCUCCGUCUCAAUGGGCGACAUACGCAUCGUGGAGGGUGUCUGCUAUCACGAAUUCGAAUGCAAGAGCUUGGGUGGCAUACCCACCGAGAGCUGUGCGGAGGGUGUUGGCGCCUGCUGCAUCUUUGUUAACGGUUGCGGUGAUGUUACCAGCCAGCAGACCGUUUACUUCGAGAGUCCCAACUAUCCGCAGGCGGUGCGCGAAUCCAUGAUUUGUGUACUCACUAUUAAUGUGGGGCAGGGCGUGCAACAGCUGCGUCUGGAUUUCCAAAUGUUCGAGCUUAGUCGACCCACAAAUGGUGAUUGUAUAGAUGAUCAGUUCAUCAUAUCUGGACACAAUGCCAAUUUCCAUAUACCCAUACUCUGUGGUAUUAAUACGGGCCAACAUAUUUAUGUGCAUGUCGGCGACUCCAACGAGAGCAAGGUAUAUCUGUCGGUGUUUGUCAGGGUCUCGAGCGGUGGCCGAUCUUUUAAUAUCAUGGUCCGUCAAAUUGAAGAUGAGCUCGCGCCCGAUAAUUGCCUGCAAUAUUUCACCGACGGCGAGGGUAUAAUCAAGUCGUUCAACUACGAUGUGGCUGGCAGCAUUGUGGAGGAUCGCGAGGCCACUUAUCUGAACAAUCUCAACUAUGCAGUAUGCUUAGCACGCUCCAAAAGUGUGUGCAGCAUCAGGUACAUAACCGAGCAGCUAGGCGGAGAUCAGCCCGACUUUCAGCUGAUCAACAAGGAUGAGGCCGAAAACGAUCUGGUGGCCAGUGGCCAGGCAGGCGCUGGCAUCUUUAAUUGCCCGGACGACUUCAUAGCCGUCAACUCGGUGCGACUGUGCGGGGAGCGGCUGAACGAUGGCACCGAGAAUGAGGACUACACCAUGCAUGCUGUGGUGAGGGAUAUUGCCGCCGGCCCCAUUGUGCUGCCCUUUCGCACCGAUGCCGAAUAUGUGGGUCGCGGCUUUCGUCUGGUCUACAGGCAGGAGCUGUGUGUCUGA